AUGUUGAUAUUUUUGGUCAUGAACAUAGCUUUAACUUGUCUUGGAAUGAGGGCACUAGUCGGAUACACUAGCAGAGCAUAUGAAAUGCCUGAGAGCUGUGAAGGACUAAGUUAUUGCAAGGACAAGGGUCAGCACUACCCAACAGAAGUCGUCAACAUGGUCCUUCGAAAAGUUCGGAAAAUUCAACAAAGGAUAGGCGAAGAAAUUGAUGAUUACCAAUCCCGUGUCUCAAAUUCUCCCUCAGAGCCUGAAUGUAACACGACCGAGAUUAAAUUCGAGCCGAUUUAUUAUAUCUUAGAUCAGAAUAACCAAGCGCGUGUGGUUGUUCAGUCGGAGCAACACGAUUUCUGGCAGAAGUAUGAUAUCAGAUGGUGCAAAAAGGUGGGACGCGUUUACAAAACCUUACACUUCAGGAAUGUGACCUUGGGUAAAGUCAAUAUGACGUGCAGCAAUGUCAUGACAACCUUAGACUUCCAGGUCCUCACACUGAAUAAACUUGGCAUGGAGUUAAUAUCGGCUGAAAUGCCGCAAAUUAAUUUAGGUGUUUUAGACACGACUCUGUCAGAUAGUACAGCAAAUAGACGUAUGUGCGACGAUUCAGGAAAUAUCACAGAAAGAAACAAUGGACACCAACAGAGAGGAGAAGGAGAAGUAUUGCUAAACAGAGUGACAAUAGAAGUUAAGGAAAAGAAACAAGAUAAUAUUGCGGAAGAUGAAGUGCAGACGACUAAGAAGAAUACCAAAAUGUCACAAGCGAGGCAUUUGGUGAAAAUAACUCUUCUGAUAGGGAUGUGGAUCUUCUUUACGGUCAUGUUUCUGAUGUAUGAUGAGAAGAUUGAAAUUAUCAGGCAUUCCUCAGUGGCUCCUGGAGAAGUUAAAGACUACAUCCUCGAUACAGAGCAGGCAAAGCUAUCGAUAUACCUGAAGCUGACAGGCCCCUUUAUAUCAGAACAGUAUGAGAAGAAGUUAAACGACAGUGUCAAGUCGAAUAUCACUGUGAUGCGAGUCUGGCUUGAGAAGUGGCACCUGAAGAAAGAUGUAAUAAGACCUACAGGUGCAGAUGAUAUCGACGUAAUUCAAUUCUCACGGCCGUGGAUAAUUUUACUUGAAAAUGCAAAUCAAAUAGACUUUCAAGAAAGCCAGACGCGUUCGGUGACCCUGGAGCUAGAUAUUACUUACACGAAUAGGACUAUGUACGCAGUGAGAAUGAGCUCCAACUCCAAUGUCACUGUGCCCUUCACCCUGAGUUAUACGGUCGACCCCCUCGAUCCUACCGCUGGAAUCAUUUAUGCUAUGGUACUGCUGUGCACGUUGUAUGUCCUAAUUAUUUUUGAGAUCAUCAACAGAACAAUGGCAGCUCUCUUAUUGUCUACUGCAUCUCUAGCUGUCUUGUCUAUGGCUGGUGAGAGACCAACGCUGACAGAGCUUGUGACAUGGGUCGACGUGGAGACACUCCUGCUGCUGUUCAGUAUGAUGCUGCUGGUCGCAUUGAUGACAGAGACAGGGAUAUUUGAUUAUAUUGCUGUCCUUACAUUUCAGUUCGCGGAAGGCAGGAUAUGGCCGCUGAUAACGUCGCUGUGUGCCAUCACUUCUGUGGUGUCUCUGUUACUUGACAACGUCACCACCGUGCUCUUCAUGACUCCUGUAACCAUACGGCUCUGUGAAGUAAUGAACAUGGACCCAAUUCCAGUGCUGAUGGCCAUGGUACUGUUCUGUAACUUGGGAGGUACAGCAACACCUGUCGGUGACCCGCCUAACGUCAUCAUAGUUUCUAAUAAACUUGUUGUUCAGGCUGGCAUAAACUUCACCAAUUUCUCUCUUCACAUGACCGUUGGUGUUCUUCUGGUAUGUGUCCAGACCUAUUUGCAUCUCAGGUUCAUAUUCAGAGACACUAGAAAAUUGAUGUUGACAGAAUCGAGAGAGAUCUUAGGUCUCAGAAACCAAAUUUCGAUGUGGCAGCGUGCAACAGAGUCUCUCUCGAAUUUGUCUCGCGAUGAGCACGUGGUGCGCAAGUGUUUGGAGCGUAAAAUACGUAAGCUCACUGCUGAACUGGAUACUCUGGUCUCGGACUCUAGGAAAAGACCCUGUCCAAAGGUCUGCUUCGAGAAUGUGCUCGCUGAUAUGAGACAAAAGUACCAGAUCAGAGAUAAACCACUUCUGCUAAAAUGUGCUGUCGCUCUUGGAUUUGUCGUGAUAGCGUUCUUUCUACAUUCCCUGCCUGAAUUCAACCGCGUGUCCCUGGGUUGGACAGCCCUACUCGGCGCCCUGCUGCUGCUGACGCUGGCAGACCGCGAGGACCUGGAGCCAGUGCUGCAUAAAGUAGAGUGGUCUACCUUACUGUUUUUUGCAGCGCUCUUCGUUCUUAUGGAGGCAUUAGCCAAACUCGGUUUGAUAGACUUCAUAGGCGGAUGGACUGAAGCUCUUAUAUUAAAAGUUGAUGAGAAGAAUCGUCUUGCAGUUGCAUUAGUUUUGAUGGUGUGGGUAUCAGGAAUGACUUCAGCUUUUGUUGACAACGUUCCCCUGACGACCAUGAUGAUCAGGGUGGUGACGUCACUGGGCACGAACCCCACCCUCAACCUGCCCAUGACACCGCUCAUAUGGGCACUUUCAUUUGGUGUUUGUUUAGGAGGUAACGGUACCUUAAUAGGAGCAAGCUCAAACGUGAUAUGCACAGGAGUGGCUGAGAGACACGGUUAUGGGUUCACCUUCUUGCAGUUCUUCAAGAUAGGUUUUCCAGUCAUGUUGGGGCAUUUAGUUGUCGCUACUGGGUACUUGCUGCUUUGUCACUGUGUAUUCCAAUGGCAUUAA